AUGGAGUCAAGCUUGCUGAUGUGGAGAUUCUUCACAUUCAUCAUGGUAACGGACUGCGUGCCAGAGUUGUGUCUCAGGCCACCAAAUCUCAGACAUGCCACAUUCAAAGCCAUCACCUACGAAAUGGGCACCCUGUUAAACUGUGACUGCAAGAAAGGUUUCCGCAUAAGCAGAGAGUCGGUCUUUAUGAAUUGUACAGGAAACGCUGGCCACUCUGCCUGGGAAAACCAAUGUCAGUGCAAAAUGAAUUCCCUCAGGAACACACAAAAACAAGCUACUCCUAAACCUGAAGAACAGAAGGAAAGAAAAACCACAGAAAUGCAAAGCCAAACACGGCCCACAGACCAAGUUAACCUUCUAGGUCAUUGCAGGGAGCCUCCACCAUGGGAACAUGAAGCUUCAGAGAGAAUUUAUCAUUUCGUGGUGGGCCAGACAGUUCACUAUGAGUGCGCCCAGGGAUUCAGGGCCAUACAGAAAGGUCCUGCCACGAGUACCUGCAAAAUGAUCUGUGGGAAGACAAGGUGGACACAGCCCCAGCUCAAGUGCACAAGUGAGAGUGAGAACGAUCAGUUUCUAGAUGACGAAGAGUCUCCAGCAAUCACGGACACUCCUUCUGGGAGUGAAGCUUCCUGUCCCUUCACCACGACAGGUACUACUACAGAUUUUCAGAAAUAUACAGAAGAGUCUACAACCACGGAGAUGUUCAUAUUUACCAUUGAGUAUCAGAUAGCAGUGGCCGGCUGCAUUCUCCUGCUGAUCAGUAUUUUCCUUCUGAGUGCGCUCACCUGGCAGCGGAGACGGAAGAAGAGUAGAAGAACACUCUAGAAAGCUAGAGUGGUAAGAAGCUGAGAACAGCCCACAGCAGUCAUGAAGCACAAGCAAAAUCAAAGAAGUGAAACACUCACCUA